CAAAGUAAAAGCAGUAAAAUCGGCUUGUUUGUUUGAAUUCGUAGGCCUAGCUUUAACGGUUGAUUAUAGAUUAGUUUUUUAUUUGAAAUAACGUAUUAAUUUACGACAUCAUGGAUGUUAUGUCACCGCAAUUAAUGUGGAUUGGGACACGAUGCUAUCGUGUGAAUUCGGUCUCUGAUCAAAAAGUGCAUCAAAUGUACGGGCAACAGGAGGAAAGCAAACCGUACAUCGAAGAAGAUCUUUACGAAGAAGAUGACCGUGAGUUGGAAUAUGAUAUUCAAAUCAAAGAAGGUGGCAAAUUUCAAACAUCAUUCCACGUUCCAUCGGUCUUUUUUGCGAUGAUAAUCGGAGCCAAGGGUGCCACCAGGCGACGACUGGAGGUGGAAACAAAGACACAAAUCAUCGUGCCCAAGCAGGGAUCGGAAGGGGACAUCUUGGUGAAAGGCAGUUCGCGCAGGGGGGUAGUCUCCUGCCGGCAAAGAAUCGAACUGAUUGUGCUUGGUGCCCGUAGUCGGCAACCAUUUACCCAUUUCCUGUCGAUUCCGUUGAACUCCGAGGAGAUCAAACGAAAUUUUCGAAUUUUCCGCGAGAAAGUGCUUACAGAGCUACCGAGUGCUUUCACUUUAGAUGAUUCAUUGUUUCAGAAGGCAGAAAAGCUUCACCUGACGUUGUGUACAAUGAGUUUGAUGGACAACGAGGACCGAUCACUUGCUGCUCAACUGUUACAGAAUUGUCACGAAACGAUUAUUAGACCAGUUGUGGAAGAAUUUGGCUCCGUUACUCUCCAACUGCGCGCUUUGGAAUACAUGAACGAUGAUCCACGUGCCGUCGAUGUUCUAUAUGCCAGUGUAGAGUCGGAUGCUCUUCAGCGGAUUGCUGACCAGAUGAUGGAGUUGUUCGUGGCCAACGGACUGAUGCAGAGAAAGUAUGACCGGGUGAAACUACACGCAACGUUGAUCAAUUCGCUGUUCCGCGACAAUGCCGACGGGUACGGCGGCGUUGACGAAAAACGAGGCCCGAGGGUCACCUUUGACGCCACGGAAAUACUGCGAGAUUUCGGACACUACGACUUCGGCACUCAGAAAGUGACGGAGAUUCAUCUAUCCCAGCGUUUCUCGACUGCCUGCGAUGGGUUCUACGAAGCAACGGGAAUGAUAAAGUUGUGAAUAAUAAGGGAACUUUCACAUAAAUAAAGGUAGACGGGUGCGGAAUAUUAAAACAUUAAAAAAAUGUCAGAAUAUAAUAUGAUAAAAUUGUUAACUUAUUUUGGCAAUUAUAUUUCGAUGCG